AUGGAUAACCAGAAUCCUACUUGGCAAAACUUGGCCGCGGAAAAGCGUGAAUCAGUCUUGAACUCGAUCCCUGGGAAAUGGAAGAUCACUGGGAGAAUACCCUCAGUACAAGAACAGCCAGACGUUACAGGACCAUUCAUCCAACAGUUUCUAAGUCCUCGUGAAAUUGAGAUCACCGAGACUGAUGCGGUUGGCAUUGUAGCCAACACAUCAACCGGACAAUGGAGUGCGGUUGAGGUCACUGAAGCAUUUUGUCACCGAGCUUCGUUGGCACACCAGUUGACGAACUGCUUACAUGAGACCUUCUUCGAUGCGGCUCUUGCUGACGCCAAAUUGCUUGACGAGCACUUUGCCACCUUCAAAACCUCUGUAGGCCCACUGCAUGGUUUGCCGGUCAGUCUCAAGGACCAAUUCCAUAUCAAGGGUGUCGACACAACUAUGGGCUAUGUUGGCUGGAUCGAUACCUUUCAAGGAAACAAGGACGACAGGAGAAAACGAACCUUUGAAAGCGAAUUGGUUCGGGAAUUAAGAGCCUCAGGAGCCGUACUUUACUGCAAAACAAGCGUACCGCAUACACUCAUGUCGGGUGAGACAUCCAACAAUAUCAUUGGGUUUACCUAUAAUCCCAAGAAUCGCAACCUCACCGCCGGAGGUAGUUCUGGGGGUGAAGGGGCGUUGAUCGGUCUGAGAGGAUCCCCGGCAGGAUUUGGCUCAGAUAUCGGGGGUAGUAUUCGGAUUCCAGCCGCAUACAAUGGGCUCUACGGGCUCCGUCCAUCAGCAGGCAGGAUCCCUUACGAGGGGACAGCGAAUUCGAUGGACGGCCAGAGCAGUAUGGUCAGUGUUCUAGGACCUCUUGCGACCACCGCCUGGUCGGCCCGACUUCUUUUCAAGUCCGUCUUGUCUCAAGAGCCUUGGCUCCACGACCCUCUGGUUGUUGAACUCCCCUGGAGGCAAUCUCAAGAAGACGAAGUCCGGUCUCUAAUUUCCAGCUCUUCCCCGUUAUGUUUCGGGAUGCUGGUCAAUGACGGUGUCGUCAAACCCCACCCGCCGGUGCUUCGGGCUCUUGAUCUUGUACGCGCAGUACUUGAAAAAGCCUCUCACAAGAUUAUCGAGUGGAAACCUCCACCACACUCUCAGGGUGUCACUCUCGUACAGAGACACUGGCACCUUGACGGAGGCGCUGAUAUCCACAAAGACUUUGCUCUUUCCGGUGAACCUAUGAUUCCUCACGUCUAUGCGGCCUACGGGCCAGCGCCGACAACCGAAGCCAGUGCGAGCGAAGUCGCUGCUCUGCAUCGAGAGCUUCGGGCUUACAAGAAAGAGUAUCUGGAUUAUUGGCUGAGCACCACCGAGCAGACAGGCACCGGCCGCCCGGUAGAUGCUUUCCUCAUGCCUGCAGCACCAUAUGGAGCAGCCAGGAAGGGAAAAUCCGUCUAUGCCGGCUAUACAAUGAUUCUCAACGGACUCGACUACACCGCCAUAACAAUCCCAGUCACGAACAUUGAUGCCAAAAUUGAUCGAGUGGACGAUGAGUAUAAGCCGAUCUCGGAUAAGGACAAGAUCGUCCAUGAGGAUUAUGAUCCUAAGAUCUAUGAUGGCGCCCACGUCGCGGUGCAGCUGGUUGGGAGGAGGUUUCACGAAGAGAAGAUUUUGGCUUUGGCAGAAUAUAUUGGGGAAUUGCUGCACCAGUAA